UCUGAAUAUUAAUAUUUUGAAAUAUAUAACAAAAUAAAAUUUAUAUUAAUGAGCUCAUUUAAUAAAAGCUUUGAUAGAAAACUAAGAUGCGAUGAUAUUCCUGGCGCAUAACCAAAAAUAAGACACUAUGAUAGGAGACCUGUUAGAAAUUAUCCAAACCAAAUGAUGGCUAGUAUUUCUCAAGAUGAAGAGCAAAAUGUCAUCAAAUAUAUGAAUGAAUAAAUAGUCAAUGAUGAAAAAAAGUAUUAAACAUACAGGCAUGUUGUUGACAAUUCAGAGAAGAUUAAUUAAGCUAUUGAAAAUAUUUAGGCUAAUGGCUAAAAUGCAUCAAUCAGAAAUUUAAAAGCUAUUCAUUCAAAUCUCUCAAAAAAUAUUGGCUAAAAUCAAUCAUCUUUCAUGAAUAUAGCAGAUCAUCAAGAGUAAUAUUAUAAAAAUAAAGACAAUAACAAUAAUUAAAGUGCUUUGAUUAAUAAUUAAUAACCUGAUAGCAUAAAAUAAAUAGCUGAGUAAUCUCCAAAUUUAUCUCAAAGUAGAUAUUCAAAAACACCUCCAAAAAAUAUAAAUAAAAAUGCUUAAGAAUAAAAUUUCUACAAUUUAGAUUAUUAUAAUGGAGAUCUAUCAGGAGAAAAGCCAAUUUUGUUGCAGUAGUCAGUUCAAAUUGACUCCAAUUAAUAUCCAAAACAUCAAAGAACAUAAAAUUAACUUAAUGCUUCUAGAUAUGAUUAAAAUAUUAUUGAUGAAAAUGGCUCAAAGAUUUUAAGAUAAGCAUAUGGAGAUAAUAUUUACAGAUAAAACUUUUCAGAUUAAAAAUUUACAAAUUCGUAAAGUGUAGAUAGAUUUGGAGGAAUUUAAGAAGAUAAAGCAUAUUUUUCAGAUAAUAUUUUACAAAAAAAGAAAUUUAAUCAAAACAUUUCUGGUUAAAAUUAAGGGUAUAGUUAAUUGUACAAUUUUAAUUAAAAAUUGAAUACUUAGCAGUAAUAAUAGUUACUACCAAAAAUUCAGAGUUAAAAUUUGUAAGACUAAAUGAAUUAAAUCUAAUAAAAUUAGAAACAAAGAAAGCGAAUUUUAUCUUACAAUAUAAUAACUAAUAAUUCAGUUAAUUAUCUGUGUAACGAUAAAUUAACUAAUUUACCAAAUUAAUUUCCUUCAAUUAAUAAUUAAAAAACUCAAAGCUACAGCGUCGAAAGAUUUAAUUAAUAUGAGAAGCUUUAAAAUCAUCCAUAAUAAGAUAAUCCUUCUUUCGUUAUUAACUACAUACUUCCUACUUCCCAAAACAUUGACUAAAAUCCAUUUAGACCUGAGUAAAUUACAGAAAAAAAAAUUUAAUUUAAUAGAAAAAAAUUAUUUAUGUAUUGA